GUAUGGAGCACAGUUGCACCGGCUCAACUGCAGCAUGAAGUCGAUAGCAUUGCUAGUGCUGGGGCUUGCCGCCCUGGCAGCGGCUCGACCUGAGGUGGAUGAUCAUCGCUUUGUUGAUAUGGACAUCAAACAAAGGCAGAUGUUCAUUUUGAAAUUACUGAACCACAUCACCGAGCCGGUCAUGUACAAGGACAUUGAAGAAAUUGGCAUGAACUUCAAAAUUGAGGAGAACGUCGAAUUAUACACCAGAACCGACGUCGUCAAAACUUUUGUCAAUUUUGUGAAAAUGGGAUUAUUGCCCCGUGGUGAAAUAUUCACCAUUCACGUCGACCGCCAACUUAAGGAAGUCGUGUCUAUGUUCCACUUACUCUACUACGCCAAGGACUUCACCACUUUCAUCAAGACAGCUUGCUGGAUGCGCCUUUACUUGAACGAGGGUAUGUUCGUAUACGCUCUCACAGUGGCCGUCAGACAUCGCGAAGACUGUAAGGGAAUUAUUCUGCCGCCUCCUUAUGAGAUCUACCCCUACUACUUUGUCCGUGCUGAUGUCAUUCAAAAGGCUUAUUUAUUGAAGAUGAAGAAAGGAUUACUCGACACAAAGCUCUGCGACUUCUAUGGCAUCAAGAAGACUGACAAAGACAUUUACAUAAUUGAUGAAAAUAUUUUCGAUAAACGUGUUUACCUGAACGACAACGACGUUUUGAGAUAUUUCACAGAGGAUAUUGAUCUUAACACUUACUACUACUACUUCCACGUAGACUAUCCCUUCUGGAUGAGAGAUGAGCUCUUUGACAAACUGAAAGUAAGGAGGUGGGAAUUGAACUUCUAUGUUUGUCAGCAAAUUCUUGCCAGGUACUACUUGGAGCGUCUGUCCAAUGGAUUGGGAGAAAUAACAACCUUGUCAUGGAACAAGCCUGUCAGGAAAGGAUAUUGGCCAUGGAUGCUGCUCCACAAUGGCGUUCAGUUCCCACUGAGACCGAACAACUACGUUUUGGUAGGUGACAACGACAUUAACGUAGUUCGCCUUGUCGAGAAUUACGAAAUGAUUAUCAAGGACGCUAUUCUCAAGGGUUAUAUUGACAUCAAUGGAGUUCGUUUAGAUUUGUUCAAAGUAGAUGAUAUUGAAACGCUUGGCAAACUUGUUUUCGGCAAAAUUGACAAGACGCACGUCGACAAAUUCCACAUCGACGCCUACCGCUACCUGCUUAUCAUCAUGAAGUCUGUAAUGGGACUUAACACGUUCAAUUCCGACAAGUACUUCGUUACACCGACUGUCCUUGACAUCUACCAGACUGCUCUUCGUGACCCUAUCUUCUAUCAACUGCAGAAACGUCUUUGUGAUUUGAUGAUCCUCUUCAAGAAACGUCUCCCAUGCUACACAAGAGAUGAGCUGUACUUCCCUGGUGUGAAGGUUGACAAUGUUGUAGUUGACAAGCUGGUUACUUACUUCGACGACUAUUUAAUGGACAUGACUAACGCCGUAACAUACACUGACGACGAAUGGAAGAAAACUACAUCGGAUAUGGUAUUCUUUGUCCGCAAACGUCGCCUUAAUCAUCAACCUUUCAAAGUUACUCUGGACAUCAUGUCUGAUAAAUCUGUUGACUGUGUGGUGCGUAUGUUCCUGGGACCCAAAGAAGAUCACUGGGGCCGUUUGAUCGAUCUCAACCAAAACCGCAUCAACUUUGUUGAGUUGGACUCCUUCCUAUACAAACUGACUACCGGCAAAAACACCAUUAUCAGGAACUCAAUCGAUAUGCACAACUUGGUGCGCGAUCGUUACAUGACUCGUGAUCUCUGGAAGAAGAUUGACACAAUGACCGACAUGAGGGAUCUGCUAAUGAAGGACUUGAGAAACUACCACACUGGAUUCCCGACAAGGCUUCUGUUGCCUAAAGGUCGCGUCGGCGGUAUGAACUUCUUGCUGUACGUCAUUGUAACUCCCUUGAAAUUAGUCGACAACGUUGACCUGACUAUCUUGGACACCAACCGCAAAGACCUGUUAGUGGACUUCAGAUCAACUGUUCUUCUGGACAAGAUGCCAUUAGGUUUUCCGUUUGAUCGUACUAUUGACUACACUAAGUUCUUUACACCGAACAUGAAGUUCGUCGAUGUUGUGAUCUUCCACAAGAAGCAGGUCUGUGACAUGAAGACCAGAUGGGACCGCUGGGUACUGAAGAACUACAACAUGGUCGACCACACCAUUGUUGGUAACGACAACUACAUGGUAGAUGUUGAUAUCAACACUAAAGUCGACAGAGAUGUUAAUCUUUUCGACUUUUGGGAUAUAAAUACGAGAUCCACCGUGGAAGAAGCACAGUCAAGAAAGCACUGGCACGACUGCAAGAUGAAGUCGAUUGCUUUGCUAGUGUUGGGCCUGGCCGCCAUGGCCUCGGCUCACAUGGAUUUGGACGUGAACCUAUCAGUCACGAUGGAUAUUAAGCAGAAGCAAAUGUUUAUUUUGAAAUUACUGAACCAUGUCAUUGAGCCGGUGAUGUACACAGACAUCAAAGAAAUUGGAAUGAAUUUUAAGAUCGAAGAAAAUGUUAACUUAUACACCAGAACUGAUGUCGUUAAAAAUUUUGUCAACUUGGUAAAAAUGGGAAUGCUGCCCCGUGGUGAAAUAUUCACUAUUCACGUCGACGGCCAACUUAAGCAAGUCGUGUCCAUGUUCCACUUGCUCUACUACGCCAAAGAUUUCAACACGUUCAUAAAAACAGCUUGCUGGAUGCGCCUCUACAUGAACGAGGGUAUGUUCGUGUACGCUCUCACAGUGGCUGUCAGACAUCGCGAAGACUGCAAGGGAAUUAUUCUACCGCCUCCUUAUGAGAUCUACCCCUACUACUUUGUACGUGCCGAUGUUAUUCAAAAGGCUUAUUUAUUGAAGAUGAAGAGAGGACUCCUAGACACAAAACUCUGUGACUUCUACGGUAUCAAGAUGACUGAUAAGGGCGUCUAUGUUAUUGAUGAGAACAUUUUCGAUAAACGCGUUUACCUUAGCGACGAAGACACGCUCAGAUAUUUCACUGAGGAUAUUGAUCUAAACACUUACUACUAUUACUUCCAUGUGGACUAUCCCUUCUGGAUGAAGGACAACGUUAUUGAUAAACUAAAAAUGCGUAGAUGGGAACUGAAUUUCUAUGUUUGCCAACAAAUCCUAGCAAGGUACUACUUGGAACGCUUGUCAAACGGACUUGGUGAGAUUACUACAUUGACAUGGAACAAGCCCAUUAGGAAGGGUUACUGGCCAUGGAUGCUGCUUCACAAUGGUGUCCAAUUACCACUAAGACCAAACAACUACGUUCUUGUUGGUGACAAGGAUAUCAACGUUGUGCGUCUAGUCGAAAACUACGAAAUGAUUAUUAAAGAUGCCAUCAUUAAGGGCUACAUAGAUAUCAAUGGUAUCCGAUUGGACUUGGUGAAAUAUGAAGAUGUUGAGACUCUAGGAAAGCUUGUUUUCGGAAAAAUCGACAAGGUUGAAGUUGAUAAAUUCCACAUUGAUGCUUACCGCUAUCUGCUUAUCAUCAUGAAAUCCGUAAUGGGACUUAAUACAUUUAAUUCUGACAAAUACUUUGUCACACCAACUGUUCUCGACAUGUACCAAACUGCUCUCCGUGACCCGAUCUUCUAUCAACUACAGAAACGUUUGUGUGACUUGCUGAUACUAUUCAAGAAACGUCUGCCUUGCUACACAAAGGAGGAACUAUUCUUCCCUGGAGUAAAGAUUGAUAACAUCGUCGUUGAUAAAUUGGUAACAUACUUUGACGACUACCUAAUGGAUAUGACAAAUGCCGUUACACUAACUGGAGAUGAACUUAAAAAGACUACCUCUGAUAUGGUAUUCUUGGUACGCAAACGUCGUCUUAACCACCAACCGUUUACAAUCACACUUGACAUUCAGUCCGAUAAAACUGUAGACUGUGUGGUGAGGUUAUUCUUGGGACCAAAAGAAGAUCAUUGGGGCCGCCUGAUUGAUCUCGACCGCAACCGCAUAAACUUUGUGGAAUUGGACUCCUUCCUUUACAAAUUGAACACCGGUAAGAAUACCAUUGUAAGAAAUUCGAUGGACAUGCACAACUUGGUGCGCGAUCGUAUCAUGACGCGUGACUUCUGGAAGAAGAUUGACACAAUGACCGACAUGAGGGAUCUGCUGAUGAAGGACUUGAGGAACUACCACACUGGAUUCCCGACAAGGCUUCUGUUGCCUAAGGGUCGCAUCGGUGGUAUGAACUUCUUGCUGUACGCCAUCGUAACACCGUUGAAGUUGGUUGAUAACGUUGACAUAAGCAUACUUGACACCAACCGCAAGGACCUGGUUGUAGAUUUCAGAUCCACUGUUCUUCUUGACAAGAUGCCAUUAGGUUUUCCGUUUGAUCGUACUAUUGACGUUGCUAAGUUCUUUACACCUAACAUGAAAUUCGUCAAUGUUGUGAUCUACCACAAGAAGCAAGGCUGUGAUAUGAAGACCAGAUGGGACCGCUGGGUGCUGAAGAACUACAACAUGUUUGACCGAACUAUGGUAGGAAUGGACGAUUACAUGACUGACGUUGACAUCAACAAAAAGGUAGACAAAGAUGUUAACCUUUUUGACUUGUAA